AUGUAUGUCAUCUCUCCGACUAAAGCAAGGGAGGCUCGUCAACUAACAGAAGAGGUUGCUCCAGGGGAGAACUGUGGUGGGGCACAAACACAGACCGUGCCUGGCACUACUGAAUCAGGGGUGAGGGAGGGGGAGAGGAGCGGAAUUCUUGAGCGAAACGAAACUAGAAUCAGCAAAUGGGACGUGAGAGAGACAGCUUUUACCAUUGGUAACUAUGGGAACUGUCAGCAGAAAGACAUUUUGACUGAACCCAUCUACGUUCCAUUCCUCAUUGUUGGAUCAAUAUUUAUUGCCUUUAUUAUCGUGGGCUCUCUGGUAGCGGUUUAUUGUUGCACAUGUUUAAGACCUAAACAACCAUCGCAGCCAAUACGAUUUUCUCUGCGGAGCUAUCAGACCGAGACUUUUCCCAUGAUCUUGGCCUCCACAAGCUUCAGGACGCCAUCAAGGCAGUCCAGUACCGCAACAAGUUCCAGUUCGACCGGCGGCUCGGUUCGCAGGUUCUCCUUUCCCCGGGCGGAGCCAGCGUGCGUUGUGGCAUCGCCACCUCCGCCGUACACAUCUGGCUGCUUCCCGACAGCCCAUGCAGUCCACCUGACCCAGCCGUCGGGAUUUCUGGUGUCACCACCGUACUUCGGGUAUCCGCUCCAGCCAGAACCUACCCUGGCUGGGAAGAGCUGCUCCGAUUUUAGUCAGAGCUGAAAGUCUUUGGGAAGAAGUAACGCAGCCUUCGGAAGUGCAGGGACCGCUGCUGCUGGGUGUCACACUGGCAUGCUCUGUGGCUGUCGAAGUCAGAACUGUUCCCCUGGGUGAGUUGCCCUUGAAAAGUGCAAGGUCUCAUUUGGGAUCUCAUUUCCCAAACUUGGAUCACAUUUACAAAUGAAUUGUGAAAUACUCCAAACAGUUGCUCUAAAAACUGACCUCUCUGAUUGUUCAGUCUAAUUUGUGCAGAACAUGUUCAGAGACAAGUAGAAAACCCAUUUUGGUGUAAAGGUACUCAUUUCUUGGUGUUAUAAAUGGCAUCUUAACCUUAAAUGCUGUUAAUUUAGAUAACAAACAGUGGCUUCCUUCCACUGAUAACAAUCAGACUAGUUCUAUAAAGCAGUAAAAAGCCUGAGAAGAGAGGAGUAAUACUUACUAAAGAGGAUCUUGAAAACAGCUGACUGCUUCCCACUUCCAUGAGCAGUGAAAAUAAGAGGAACAAUUUUACUACAGAUACCAAAAUCUAUUUUUUUUUUAAAACACAUACCUAAACUUACACUGCAUAUUUGUAUUAGUAAAUUUUAACUACAAUAGAUAAAAUGAGUACUACUUAGGCUAGUUGAAAAUGAGCCAAUCCUAAGCAGACAAAUAAUUACCUAUGAGAAAAGCAGAAUGUAUUCAGUGUAUCACUAAUAACUUCUCCACAUAAAAUUCUAAAAAUGGCAUUAUAUUAAGCAUUUUACAGAAGGAAGUAUUUAUUGUUGGCUUUUUGCUCAGCAAUGUCUAAGUUGGACAACUGAUCAUAAAGUUCUAUUUGUAAAAUUAGCCAUGUAUAAAAUGUAAAGACAUUGUAAUUUAAAAUGUAUUUACAGCAUUGACAACACUAAUUAUUUAGUAGUCACACAAAAAAUUUUAUCAAUAAACUGUGUAGUUGAAAUGUUGUGUCAUCUAUAUGUCACUCUACAGAUA